GCCGUCCCGCCCCUCGCGUCCUGCUCCGCCUGCGGCGGGGAAUCGAGCCCGGGCGCCGUGGGGCGGCCGCGGCGUCUGACUGACCCACAGGUGGAGGCUCCGUGCCGGCCCGCAGCGUGCGGCCGGCAUGGCGGAGCGGAGGAGCCCCCUGCGGGCACGGGCACGGGAGCGGGAGUGUCCUCGCGCGCCCGUCGCAGGACAUGACCAAGUCCACUCCUGGACGUUGGCCCCCAGCCACACCUUAGAUGCUGCAUGGAGAAGAGCCAAGGGCUUGGUGACGUCAGCAGUUUCCUGUCUGAUGGCUGUCCUCUGCUGCUUCAGAAGGCUACAGUUAUAUUUAGGGCACCGACUGAAAUGGUGGAUUGGAUAUCUGCAGAGAAAAUUCAAAAGGAACCUUAGUGUGGAGGCAGAAGUUGAUUUACUCAGCUAUUGUGCAAGAGAAUGGAAAGGAGAGACACCCCGUGCCAAGCUGAUGAGGAAGGCUUAUGAGGAGCUGUUCUGGCGGCGUCACAUAAAAUGUGUGCGACAAGUAAAGAGAGACAACUAUGAUGCACUAAGAUCAGUGUUAUUUCAGAUAUUCAGCCAUGGCCUCUCUUUUCCAUCCUGGAUGAAAGAAAAAGACAUUGUUAAGCUUCCUGAAAAACUGCUCUUUUCACAAGGGUGUAAUUGGAUCCAGCAAUACAGUUUUGGUCCUGAGAAGUAUACAGGUUCGAACGUAUUUGGAAAAUUACGUAAAUGUGUGGAAUUACUGAAAACACAGUGGACUGAAUUUAGUGGAAUUAAAGAUUAUCACAAGAGAGGAAGUAUGUGCAACAUCCUUUUUUCUGAUGCUACUCUGGAAUAUAAACUUUAUGAAGCCUUAAAGUUCAUCAUGCUCUAUCAAGUCACCGAAGUUCAUGAACAAAUGAAGAUGAACAAAGUCAUUCCCAGUAUUUUUCACCUCCUGUUUUCCCGGGAAACAUCAUCCGACCCUUUGAGCUUCAUGAUGAACCACCUAAAUUCUGUAGGUGACACGUGUGGACUAGAGCAGAUUGACAUGUUUAUACUUGGAUAUUCCCUUGAAGUAAAGAUAAAAGUGUUCAGACUGUUCAAGUUCAACUCCAGAGACUUUGAAGUCUGCUACCCGGAAUUGCCACUCCGGGAGUGGCCAGAGAUCUCCCUGCUGACUGAGAAUGACUGCCACUACCACAUUCCCGUCUUUUAAGUCCUGCAUAAACUGGGUACUGGCUCUCACCAGUGACAGAGGCCACUCUUGCAAGUAAAGUGUCUUGAAAACCAAAGCUAGUGUUGUAGCCAUGGAAGGAAUUAGGACUGUCUUCUCCGGAAUCACAGGUACACUGGGCAGAGAAGCACACUAUGGUCUUCCUUUGUUUUUAGUGAUUUCUCCAAGGCAGCUGCACUGGUAUAUUAUGGGUUGGUGGUUUGACCUUUUUCAUAAGGUCUCUGGUCAUGUCACACACAGUGUGCCUUUAAGAGCAUGAGGACAUUUAAUUUGAACAGUACAACAACAGAAAAAAAGCAAAAAGAAAAUGAGUAGGGAAAAAGGACUAACCAGAAAGGAAGAAUUUAUCUCUAACCUUUAUGUUUGUCAUUAAGAAUCUUGUCUUUGACUGAUUUUGGAUCUUCAUAAAUAUGGCCUUAUUUUAUUAGCAUUACCUUCCCAGGAAUCCUUAUGGUAACUGAUUUUCUAGAACCACUUGAUUAACUAAAAUUAUGUGUGUGUUUGUGUAUAGUGUACUGUGUGUAUACAUAUAUGUGUGCAUGUAUAUACACAUGCUACACACAUACAUACACAUGUAUACAUGUAUAGUUUUAUAUAUACUUAUAUAAACACAUACACACAUAACCACUACUUUAUAAUGUUGUACAAUUUGUUUUAUAUAGCUUUACAUUUUUUUUGUUACUGUUGCAGCUGGCCAGUUUAAUGUUUUAUACAGAUAAAACAGAUAAAUUGUAUACAUUAAGGCAACUGAUGAACUGUCACAAAAAUAUUAAACUGUGGUGUAUUUAAUGU